GGCAGCACGUAUAAUCAAAGACUCUUUAGAGAUUUCAAUAUCGUUCAAAACAUCAAACUCCUCGACCUGAUAUCAAUUCGAGCAUAUCAAUCUCAAAAGAUACGAGCAAAGCCAAAACAAACAAACCAAAAAAGAAAAAUGGACCCGUCAAUGUUGACCGAGAUGAUUCUCGACCUGGAAGACAAGACGUGGCGGGCGCUGAUGCACACGGGCGCCGAUCUCCUCCCGUUCCUCAGCGCCGACUGUGUCAUGCUGUUCCCCAUGGGCCUGAAGGUUUCGUCGAGCAGCGAGCCGAGUCUGGAAGACGUGUUGAAAUCGGAGGCUUUCGUGCCGUGGAGGAGGUACCGACUGAGCGAGGUGGAAGUCAGACCGUUGGGCACCGAGGCGGCCAUCAUCACGUACCGGGUGAAGGCGACGAGGCAGCACAUCACGCACGACGACGACGAGAGGCAGGAUGAAUUCCGGGCGUUGAUCUCGAGUACGUGGCAAAAGGACCCGGAGGCGGGAAAGUGGGUGAUGUGUGUCCAUCAACAAACUCCUUAUGAACACGAGGUUUAGAUUUGGGGGGGUUUCAUGUUUUUUUUACAGGUCUACUACCUGAGGUAAGGAGUACCUUGGGUAGUGAUAUAUGUUUGCAGGGUCUGUGGACAUUUAUUUGUGCUUGUCACUUGUACUUGAAACUGGAGAAUUCAAGUACCUUGGUUGAGGAUUGAAAUUAGCGAUAUUUUUACUCCGUAGCAAUUGGCACUGUGGAAUGAUGAAAAUGAUGAUUGCCUUGCGAUA